CUCUGUAUACAACCGAAAAACUCCAUCAAUAAAAGAAAAAGAAAAGCACGUUAAAGAUUGUAAUAAUUUGUAAAAACUAUGGCUAGCGAUGGCAGCGAAGAGUUUAGGCUAGUGUCACCGGCGUUCAGCAACGAGGGGAAGUUACCUCGGAACUACACUGACGAGGGCCAGGGUGCGAAGAAGAACAUAUCCCCUCCGUUGGAGUGGUACAACCUGCCGGAGGGGACCAAGACCCUCGCCCUCGUCGUGGAGGAUAUCGAUGGAUCCGAUUCAGAUGGGCCCAUCAUGCCAUGGACCCACUGGGUCGUCGCAAACAUCCCGGCCACGGUGAAGGGCCUGCCGGAGGGAUUCUCCGGCAAGGCUGCCGAGAUGGGCGGGGAUUACGCGACGAUCAAGGAGGGGAACAAUGACCUGAAGAAGACCGGUUGGAAUGGGCCCAGGCUGCCCACGCCUGGCCACAGGAUUCAGUUUAGGCUCUAUGCUUUGGAUGAUGAGCUCAAGCUUGGUAAUAAGGUGACGAAGGAGAAGUUGUUGGAAGAAACCAUUGAAGGACAUGUGCUAGGAGAAGCGACCUUGAUGGCUAUAUUCUGAUGUAACAACAUAUUAUGGGUGCAAUGUCUUUGACUUUAUACAUGUACCAUUUUGGAAUGUGACAUCAUCGAGAUAAACAUUUUACCAAAUCUCACUUUGAGUUCUGUACGUCUCUUCCUUUUGAGCUUCAUUAUUUCAUUAAUAUAUUACAAUAUAAUUAGUUCUUGCUCAAAA